UUAUUAGACAAUUAAACGCAUUUCAUUAAAAUUUCUUCGACGAUUUUCACGCUUUUAUUUUGUAUCUUGUUUAUUUUUUUUUCAUUUUUAUUUUGAUAUUACGCUAUGAACGGUCUUAAUGUCGUUUCUGAACGCCGUCAGAGUUACAUAAAUCUCGCCAAUGGUAUCCAAAACUUGCUGGCUGUGCACAUUUUUACACAUAUCGCAUGUAAGUCUGUGGGGUUGUCUGUUCGCUCUUCAAGUAUUGUUUGAAAGUUUUUACUGCCUAAAACAGCUCACACAAAGCGUUGGAUUUAAAGCGCUUAUCGAGGCUUUGACAUGUCGCAGCGAGUUCAUUUGUAGAUCCGAAUGUCAACGGUGAACAAGUGCAAAAGUCAGACGACGACGCAGCGCACCACGACAGAUCGCCAUUGCCAUAGAUAUAUGUAUAUAUAGAUAAAUAGAUAGUUUACCACAGAUCUCCAAGGCAGGAUAUACCAUAUAACUAAUCGUGUUCGGUGUUCUCUUGAUUAAAAUGGACUUUGGCGAGUUUCGCGAGUUUGGACACGCCUCGAUUGAGUUUAUUAUCAACUACUUGAGCAACAUACGUGACAGGUGUGUGUGUGUGUGUGUGUGUGUGUGCGUUUUUAGUCAUUUUCCAACCAAUAUCACUCGCUGCCUCCACAGAAAUGUGCUAUCCAAUGUGGUGCCCCACGAAGUCAUCAACCAGCUGCCCAGACAGAUACCAGAGCAACCGGAGCACUGGCGGCAAGUUCUCGACGACCUGGAGCAUAUUAUUUUGCCUGGAUUGACCCAUUGGCAAUCGCCAUACUUCAAUGCCUUCUAUCCGUCGUCGACAUCGGCUGGUUCCAUAAUAGGCGAGCUUCUCAUAGCAGGAAUCGGAGUCUUGGGAUUCAGUUGGAUAUGCAGCCCGGCUUGCACGGAGCUGGAAGUGGUUGUCAUGGACUGGCUGGCCAAAUUUCUAAAGCUGCCCAGCCAUUUUCUGCACGAGGCCGAGGGUCCCGGCGGCGGCGUCAUUCAGGGUUCCGCCAGCGAGGCUGUGCUGGUCGCCGUUCUGGCGGCGCGUGAACAGGCCGUGCGCCGGGAGCGCGAGUGUCAUCCGGAGCAGAGCGAGAGCGAAAUACGCGGCAAACUAAUUGCCUAUUCAUCGGAUCAGAGCAACAGCUGCAUUGAGAAGGCGGGCGUGUUGGCGGCCAUGCCGAUCAAAUUGCUGCCGGCCGGCGAAGAUCUGGUGUUGCGCGGCGCCGCACUGAAGGAGGCCAUCGAACGAGAUGUGGCCGCCGGCCUCAUACCAGUCAUCUGCGUAGCCACGCUGGGCACGACGGGCACGUGCGCCUACGAUGACAUUGAAUCGCUCAGCAGCAUCUGCGAGCAGCACCAGGUGUGGCUGCAUGUGGAUGCGGCAUACGCUGGCGGCGCAUUCGCCCUGGACGAGUGCGCUGAACUGCGUCGCGGUCUGGAUCGCGUGGACUCACUGAACUUUAAUUUGCAUAAAUUUAUGCUUGUCAAUUUUGACUGCUCGGCGAUGUGGCUGCGCGACGCCAACAAGGUAAUUGACAGCUUCAAUGUGGAUCGCAUCUACCUGAAGCACAAGCAUGAGGGUCAGACGCAGAUUCCGGACUUUCGCCACUGGCAGAUUCCGCUGGGUCGCCGCUUCCGUGCGCUCAAGGUGUGGAUAACAUUCCGCACUCUGGGCGCUGAGGGUCUCCGCGCACACAUGCGCAAGCACAUUGAUUUGGCUAUCCAGUUCGAAAAUCUGGUGAAGGCUGACGAACGUUUUGAGGUGGUUGCUCCACGCGCCCUAGGACUGGUUUGCUUCCGGGCAAAGGGUGAUAAUGAAUUAACGUCACAGUUGCUACAACGUUUGAUGGAGCGCAAAAAAAUUUACAUGGUCAAGGCAGAACAUCGUGGCCAGCUGUUUCUGCGAUUUGUUGUAUGUGGCAUGGAUCCCAAGCCAUCGGACAUUCAGUUCGCCUGGACGGAGAUUGAGACACAGCUGACAUCACUCUGUGCUGAGCAACAGCUAAAUGCGCGCAAGGCUGGGGAACUAUCAGAGCUAACGCAUCAUUUAAGUGGGCUGCAUCUAACAAAUGAAACGCUGCAGCGCUAGUCGAAUAUACAGUAAUAUUGCAAUUAAAAAAUACUUAAUCGAUAUUAAUGGCAUUGUAACAAGUAGAUAAGAAAUAAAUAAAAUAAAUCAAUCAUAC